AUAUACUUUUCCACCGUCGUUGAGUCUUAGAGAGAAAUAUCCACCAAGAAGGCAAGAGCUCCAAGAGACCGCCAUGGCAGGCGGCACCAACGGGGCGAACGGCGGUGGUGGCGGGAAGGUGAUCAGCCUGCCGCUGCAGUACUUCUGCGUGCUGGCGGCGGCGGUGGUGGCCGUCAUGGUGCUGUCGUUGGCCUUCAUGUCGCCGGCGGCCAUGGUGGCAGUCCGCCAGAAUCUCGGCUCCGUGGCCGCCGCCGCGGGCAGCAACAGCAGUGGCGUGGACCCGGAGGCGCCCGCGCCACCGGCCGCCAGGCAGCAGCAGGAGCACCGGCCGCCGGUGGUGCUGUUCAACUUCGGCGACUCGAACUCGGACACGGGCGGCGUGGCGGCGGCCGGCGGCAUACGGAUCAUGCCGCCGGAGGGCCGCACCUACUUCCACCGCCCCACCGGCCGCCUCUCCGACGGCCGCGUCAUCGUCGACUUCAUCUGUGAGAGCCUGAACACGCGUGAACUGAAUCCAUACCUCAAGGGAAUUGGUUCAGACUACAGCAAUGGUGUCAACUUCGCCAUGGCUGGCUCCACAGUGACGCACGGUGUCUCUCCCUACUCCCUGAACGUCCAGAUCGACCAGUUCGUCUACUUCAAGCACAGAUCCCUUGAGCUCUUCAAACGAGGACUGAAAGGCCCGGUGAGCAAGGAGGGGUUUGAGAACGCUCUGUACAUGAUGGACAUUGGCCACAAUGACGUCUCUGCUAUCGCGCACACACCAUCUGAUAAGUGGGACAAGAAGUUCACAGAGAUCGUCGGCGAGAUCAGAAAUGCGAUCACGAUUUUGUACGAUAACGGCGCGAGGAAGUUCUGGAUACACGGCACUGGCGCCCUGGGCUGCCUGCCGGCGGUGGUGGUGCAGGAGAAGGGCGAGCAUGACGCGCAUGGCUGCCUCGCGAGCGUCAACCGGGCUGCGCGGGCGUUCAACAAGAAGCUGAGCAGCCUCUGCGACGACAUGCGGUUCCACCUGAAGAACGCCGCCAUCGUGUACACCGACAUGUUCGCCAUUAAGUACGACUUCGUUGCAAACCACACCAAAUACGGGAUUGAGUGGCCGUUCAUGGUGUGCUGCGGCAACGGCGGGCCUCCGUACAACUUCAACCCGGGGAAAUCUGGCUGCGGCGACCUAUGUGAGCCGGAAUCGAAGGUGAUCAGCUGGGAUGGCGUGCACUUCACAGAUUUCGGCAGUGGCCUUUCUGCCAAGCUUGCGAUGAGUGGUGAGUACUCCAAGCCCAGGGUGAAGCUGGCAAGCUUGGUCAAUGGCGGCUCCAAGAAAACGUCAGGUUCGUGAUGCCGAUCAGUGAGUCAUGAACUCCGGAUUCGUGGAUUGAUGGGUAAUGGUGAAGAUGAAUUCAGAGGAUGGCUGUUGUGGUUGAUGGAGGUGUUGCAGCUGAUUGUUUCUUGACAUCGAUUGACUCCUUGUACACAGAAGGCAAAGUAAAAGUUGGGUGUCUUUUUGGAUUUUGUGAUUCCGAGUAUAAAGAGUUUUGUACCUUACGUGCGUAUAUAGACAAUUUGUGGUCCUUACAAGCUCCCAAAGAUGAUGCAUCUUCUUUGUUUUAUUUUGAAAAAACGAAAGAUGUAAAGCACACACAAAAAUGAUGUAUGAUAGUUUCGUCUCUACCGCUGCAAAGGUGGACAUCAACUUUCAAACUGACAUGACUCUUGUUUCAGUUCGUCUUUUAUCAAGCAAUGAAGCAUGUUUGGCCUCUCA